AUGUAUGUGAUAGACAGCGGGUACUGCAAGCUCAAGGUCUACAAUCCAAGGAUUGGUAUGGAUGCUCUACAGAUCUACCCAGUAAGUCAAGCGAACGCCCGUCAGCGCGCGGGUCGCGCCGGUCGUACCGGUCCGGGCAAGGCAUUCUGUCUCUACACACAGAGACAGUACCAACAUGAACUGUUGUCCUCCACAGUGCCAGAGAUACAGAGAACCAAUCUCGCUAACACUGUACUUUUGCUGAAGAGUUUGGGAGUGGAAGACCUCCUUGCUUUCCAUUUUAUGGAUCCACCACCACAGGACACAAUCCUGAACUCAAUGUACCAGCUGUGGAUCCUGGGUGCCCUGGACGGCACGGGAGCGCUCACCCCGCUCGGGCGACAGAUGGCAGAGUUCCCGCUGGACCCGCCGCAGUGUCACAUGCUCAUUGUCAGCGCUAAGAUGGGGUGCAUGUCCAUGCUGUCAGUACCGUCAGUAUUCUACCGGCCUCAAGGUCGUGAGGAGGAAGCUGAUUCUGUCAAAGAGAAGUUCCAGGUGCCAGAGUCUGAUCACCUCACACUGCUGCAUCUGUACAACCAGUGGAAGGCUAACAAUUAUUCGGGCCAGUGGUGCACAGAGCACUUCGUCCACGGUAAGGCGAUGCGAAAGGUCCGUGAGGUAAGACAACAACUGAAGGACAUCAUGCAACAACAAAGACUGCCACUCGUCUCCUGCGGGACUGACUGGGAUCUUGUACGCAAGUGUAUCUGCUCUGCCUACUUCCAACAAGCAGCUCGUCUGAAGGGUAUCGGGGAGUACGUGAACUGUCGUACUGGGAUGCCGUGUCACUUGCACCCGACGUCGGCUCUAUUCGGUCUGGGCAACUCGCCCGACUACGUGGUGUACUACGAGCUGAUGAUGACGACGAAGGAGUACAUGCACUGCGUCACUGCUGUAGACGGCAGGUGGCUCGCUGAACUGGGACCUAUGUUCUUUUCUGUUAAGGAAACUGGAAAAUCAAAUCGCGACAAACGCAAAGAAGCCGCCGUACAUCUGCAGCGUAUGGAAGAAGAGAUGAAGCAAGCUGAACAGAAGAUGGCAGAAGAAAGGAAGAAGAAAGAAGAAGAUGUACCAGUAAAGCAGGAGAUAGCUACGCCAGGGCUCAACACUCCACGCAGAACUCCACAUAGAUUGGGACUAUAAGUUGGAGUGUCGAUAUUUUGUAUUUUUUAAAUCUAUACAUAUAAU